AUGGGGGUCUCCUCUCAGACGACCCCUUGGUGGGGUUUUGUCUUUGCUGCAGCUGCUGCCUCCCUUCUGGUGGUCCGUGCUGCUGCCGCUCGUGUGGAAGAGAGAUCAUCAUUCCAUCAUAGCAAUAACACUGUCGCUACCACCAUCAGAAGCAGCAGCCUUGACAUGGGAAUUGGAGCUCAAUCAAACAGUGCAGUCGAUUCCAAGUUCGGUGGUCAUAACCAACGUGGUGGUGGUAAUGGUGGGGGUGGGGGUGGUGGUGGAGAAAAUGGAGGCGGAGGUGGCGGUGGAGGUGGUGGGGGUUAUGGAUGGGGAUGGGGCAGCGGGCGUGGUGGUGGUGGCGGAGGUGGUGGCGGGAGGGGUGGCGGCGGCGGCGGCGGCGGUAAUGGCAAUGGUGGUGGAGGAGGUGGUGGUAGUGGUGGUAGGGGUGGUGGUGGUCAUGGUGGCAGUGGGGGAGGCGGAGGUAGUGCUGGUGGUGGAGGCAAAGGCGGCGGCAAUGGCAAAGGUGGUGGUGGUGGAAGAGGAAAUGGAGGCAGUGGUAGUGGUGGUGGUGCUAAUGGUAAUGGUAAUGGCAAAAGAGGAGGAGGUGGUAGCGGUAGUGGCAGUGGUGGUGGCACUGGUAAAGAAGAUGGCAGCAACCAUGGUAGUGGCAAUGGUAGUGAGGGUGGUAGUGGUGGCCGAGGUGGUAACGGCAAAGAGGGUGGUGGCGGCGGUGGAAAUAGUAGCGGUGGUGGUCAUGGUAAAUAUGGUGGCGGUGGCCGUCACAGAGGUAGGAGAGGUCAUUAUGGGAUCAGCAGAAAAACAAGGAGUGGCGGUCGAAUUCACACAAAUGGACAAUUCUGA